AUGUCGUGGGCGGAAUCAAAAUUCAAGAAUGUGACCCUGCAGCCGCGCAUGUCGGCCAAGGGCCCCUACUCCAUCGAAACCCCCGGAGCAGAGCCCGUCGAGGGCGAGACCAUCCCUCGCCGCCUGCCCCAGGCCAAGGACGGCCUCAUCUCCAAGCCCGUAGACAACAUCUCGACCGUCUACGAGCUGGUGCGCGUGAGCGCCCAGAAGUACGGCAAUGCGAAGGCCCUCGGCUCGCGCCGCCUCGUGCGCACCCACCAGGAGACCAAGAAGGUCAAGAAGAUCAUUGACGGCCAGGAGCAACAAGUCGACAAGAACUGGACCUUCUUCGAGCUCAGCCCCUACGAGUACAUCACCUACCACGAAUACGAGACCCUCGUCCUGAACAUCGGCUCCGGUCUGCGCAAGCUGGGCAUGCAGAAGGACGACCGCGUCCACAUCUUUGCCGCCACCAGCCAGCACUGGCUCGCCAUGUCGCACGCCGCCGCCUCGCAGUCCAUGCCCAUCGUCACCGCCUACGACACCCUCGGGGAGGAGGGCUUGAGGCACUCCAUGGUGGCCACCGGUGCGAAGGCCAUCUUCCUCGACCCCCACCUGCUGCCCACCCUCGGCAACGUGCUCAAGGAUGCCACAGAGGUGCGCUACGUCAUCUGGAACAGCCAGAACCAGGUCAAGGAGGAUCACAUCAGCGCUCUCAAGCAGAACUUCCCCCAGCUCACAAUCGUCAGCUUCAAGGACCUCGAGAAGCUGGGCAAGGAGAACCCCUCCGACCCCGUCCCUCCCCAGCCCGAGGACCUCUGCUGUAUUAUGUACACGUCCGGCUCGACUGGUACGCCCAAGGGUGUUCCUCUCAAGCACAGAAACGUCAUUGCAGCAGUCGCCGGUGUCAGUGUCGUGGUCCAGCCCUACAUUGGUCCGGGCGACGGCCUGUUGACCUACUUGCCCCUGGCGCAUAUCCUCGAGUUCGUCUUCGAGAACGCUUCGCUUUACUGGGGAACCACCAUGGGCUACGGCAACCCCAAGACCCUGUCGGACCAGUCGGUGCGCAACUGCGCGGGUGACAUUCGCGAAUUCAAGCCCUCGGUUCUGGUUGGUGUGCCCGCGGUUUGGGAGAACGUCAAGAAGGGCAUCAGUGCCAAGGUCGCGGCCGGGUCCGCUGUCGUGCAGAACAUGUUCUGGGGAGCAAUGUGGGCCAAGCAGACUCUCAUGUCGGCGGGGCUCCCCGGUUCCGGCCUUCUCGAUGCCGUUGUCUUCAAGAAGAUCAAGGAGGCAACCGGUGGAAAGCUGAAGCUGUGUAUGAACGGUGGUGGGCCCAUCGCGAGGGACACGCAGAGGUUCAUCUCCAUGGCCAUCGCGCCUAUGAUCAGCGGGUACGGUCUCACCGAGACCACGGCCAUGGGCUGCCUGAUGAACCCCAUGGAGUGGACGUCGGAGUCGCUCGGUGCCAUGCCUGCCUGCAUCGAUGUCAAGCUGGUCGAUUUCCCUGAUGCUGGCUACUAUGCCACCAACAAGCCCAACCCACAGGGUGAGGUGUGGAUCCGGGGUCCCUCGGUGCUGGAGGAGUACUACAAGAACGAGAAGGAAACGGCCGAGGCCAUUGCGCCUGGCGGUUGGUUCAAGACGGGUGACAUUGGCGAGUGGGAUCAGCACGGCCACCUCAAGCUGAUCGACCGCAAGAAGAACCUGGUCAAGACGCUGAACGGCGAGUACAUUGCGCUGGAGAAGCUCGAGUCCAUCUACCGGUCGGCCGCCGUGGUCGCCAACAUCUGCGUCUACGCCGACCAGUCCAAGGCCAAGCCCAUCGCCAUCAUCGUGCCCGCGGAACCGGCGCUGAAGAAGCUGGCCGCCGCCACGGGCGUCCCCGACGCCAGCCUCGAGGAGCUGGUCCACAACAAGAAGCUGCAGAGCGCCGUCCUCAAGGAGCUCCAGAACGCCGGCCGCUCCGGCGGCCUGUCGGGCAUCGAGAUCAUCGACGGCGUCGUCAUGUCCGACGAGGAGUGGACCCCACAGAACAACCUGGUCACCGCCGCCCAGAAGCUGAACCGCAAGGGCAUACUCAACAAGUACAAGAAGGAGGUGGAUGUGGCCUACGGCUCCUAG